CAAUCAGGAGCCGGAGGACUGAAGCAGCGUCACCGUGUCACAGCUGCUCCCACAGUUUAAGAGCAGAGAGUCGCUCGUGUCUGCUUCACUUUUUCUCCUGUUGAAAGCAACAAGCAGAAACAUGGCAAGAACCAAGCAAACCGCCCGUAAAUCUACCGGAGGUAAAGCUCCCAGGAAGCAGCUGGCCACCAAGGCUGCGCGUAAGAGCGCGCCUGCCACCGGCGGCGUGAAGAAGCCUCACCGUUACAGGCCCGGUACCGUGGCUCUCCGAGAGAUCCGUCGCUACCAGAAAUCCACGGAGCUGCUGAUCCGCAAGCUGCCCUUCCAGCGCCUGGUGAGAGAGAUCGCUCAGGACUUCAAGACCGACCUGCGCUUCCAGAGCUCCGCGGUCAUGGCUCUGCAGGAGUCCAGCGAGGCUUACCUGGUCGGCCUGUUCGAGGACACCAACCUGUGCGCCAUCCACGCAAUGAGUGGCCGUGGAAAAGGAGGAAAGGGUCUCGGUAAAGGAGGCGCUAAGCGUCACCGCAAAGUUCUCCGUGAUAACAUCCAGGGAAUCACCAAGCCCGCCAUCCGCCGUCUGGCUCGCCGUGGCGGAGUGAAGCGUAUCUCUGGUCUGAUCUACGAGGAGACUCGUGGGGUGUUGAAGGUAUUCCUGGAGAACGUGAUCCGUGAUGCUGUCACCUACACCGAGCACGCAAAGAGGAAGACUGUGACCGCCAUGGACGUGGUUUAUGCUCUGAAGAGACAGGGAAGAACUCUGUACGGCUUCGGCGGUUAAACUCACUUCACUUUGUCAUCAAACAAAACAACAACAACGGCUCUUUUAAGAGCCAACCACUUUGUCUCUGAG